AUGACUACGACUCGAUACACUCGAAGCCGUACCAGGAGGGAACCCUAUGAUGUACUGGGUCUGUCCCCACUCAAGCAUGUGACAGAUCCACCCGAUCUCGUUCGAGAAGUUUGUUCGUCACCCAUCAGAGAAGAUUCAAAUGACUCCAAGAGGAAAGCUGUCACGUUUUCUAAAAAGUUGACCACUCCAAUGAAAUACAAUAAUAUUGGAGAGUCGCGGAAAGUAGAUUUGCUGCAACCGAAACUGAUCCUUAAGUCGAUCACUACUGAGCUGCCUCCACUGCUAAUAUCUUCAAAAAAUUAUGGUGAUCUGAAUUUCUGGAGCCCUGGUUUGGUGGUGGAGCUUCCUGCUCAGUCCAAAACUGAAGUACAGUUGCUUUUUGAUGGCGCUAUUCGAGUUCUCCGACAACCUCAAUUUGAUCGGCGUUUUGAGGUGUACGCCAGCUUGGCUACAGUGUUGAAGCACAAUGUUACUCCAGAUCUUGUGAGAUACCUAACGAAAGAAUCAACAAGCUUUAAGGGAACCCCACUCACGCUUAUUACGCUGUUGAUACGAAGCGACAUCACGAUGCUUGCGCAGGAGUGCUGGGGUCGAGAUGAUGUCUCCACUCGUAACGACCCUUUUCAGAUUCGUACGAUGAGCCAAGCCCUUCGGCUUAUAACAACGUUUAUGUCAGACGAGUUCCUCAAUUGCUUUUUGGCGCUUGAUGAUGUUAGGUGGUUUUAUCGGCAAGCGGCGACUCUCUUGACGAGACCACUGGUUUCUAAGGCCUUGACGUUACCCUUGCUUCAACUCUUGAAGGAUUGUAAGUUUCCUCGUUCACUACGGCGCAAUAUUUUUGAUAACAAUGAAAUUAUUGAAUUGAUGCUUAUGGCGCUCAUAAACAUGCAAUGUUUUUCGAGUUCGACAAUCUUAAGCGAACGAGUGAUAGCGUUCUACAAUUACUGUAUCAUGUUUGCUCCGAUCAUGGCGAAGAAUGCGGUGCAUUGGGUGGGUCCGCUUGUGCUCAGCAUCAUCACAACUGCAGCCCAAGUACCGAAAAGUGCCAAUGUUGUGGUACAAACUUUUACGGAAAUUUGCAAGGUGGGUGAAAAGCAUUCCGAUAUCAUUCGAGCGCUUCGAGAUUUUCUCAAUCAAGAGUUGAAUGCGGAAACUGCUGAGCUCGUUGUCCAGCUGAAACUCACUAACGAAGCCAUUGAAGUGGAAGGCCAAUGCGGUGAAGAUAUAGUGUUGCAAGGUCUAGAACGGCUAAUUGAGCUUGAUAGAGCGAAACCGGCGCUAGAUCUAUGGGUUUUGUUAACUCUAUGUCUGAAUAAACUGCUGCCUAAAUGGCGACUGAUACCACACAUUGCAUAUCAAAAGGACGUCACAUGGGAAUCCCUAAGAUCUUGGAGAGUGUAUGUUUACCUUCUUGGCGAGAAAGAAGGAUGGAACGCAGAUAUCGUUCCCAGAAAACUCUUGGAUCUAGCUGAUAUAGUGCGCGGUCCUUUACAUUGGCAACCCACACCAGAUUUGAUUUAUAUGAAUUCCAUGGUCAUGGAUACAAUUUAUCACACAAUUCACAAAUGUAUCGCGCUCAUGACUAUCAAAUCACUACGUGGCUAUUGGGACACCGUGAUAGCUCCCAUGAUGACUGAUACAUUUUUUAAGCUGAAUGAGCAGACAGCUCUUCACGGAUAUCGCAUAUUAGCACAUUUGACUCUGACGGCACCGAUCGUACCCUACUCGCAAGAAAGAAUAUACUCAGAAGAACCGAUUCAGAUACAUGAGAUCAACUGCUUACCACGACUUUGGAUAGCAAAGCAUGCCAAAAGCGUGGCCCCUUUGAUUUCACAAGCAUUACUAUCAUUAAAAGAUUCAGCGAGAGGGUUGCAUCUCGGAUCACAAUAUUUACAAUCAAUUUCCGGAAUGACAACUGCCGACGAAAUUCUUUUCAUUUGCGAGCUGGCGACAGUUAUUAAUAACAUUUUGGACAUCUGUGACAGCCCACCCAAGUUUAUUGAGAUGCUUUUUCAGCAAUUUUCACCUGAAGCGAUUUUGAGUAGCGCUGUUUUUGAUAAACUUUUCGUCACGGAAACGUUGAUUCAUGGGGUAUUUUCAAAAAUCCACGCAUGUGGCGUUUCUCGAGAAAUCGCUUUCUCGUUCUUACAGCGCAUAGCUGAGCAUCACACCCAUGCUUGGGAUGUAUUUCUUGAUUUGGCGAUGGACGAGCCUAUAAUCACCAAUCUUGAGUUAUACGAGAUGCUUAUUCCUUUCAUCACAUCAUGCAAAACGUUUGCGAAGUUCAUUGAUUGGCUUCUGGAACAAAUGCUCGAUACCACAAUCAUGAAUCCAAUACAUUGGCCGGAACAAAUCAUUAAUCACGAGUAUUUCUCCAUGUUGGCACCUUAUAUUUUAGGGCGUUUGAAGGAUCCCUCGAAAGCCAGCCUGACUCUUGAUUUCAUAAAUGAAUAUCCCAACUCGCUACUUCCGGUUGUUAAAGAAAUCUAUCACAUCGGCACGCUGAUUUUGGAUGACUCAUUGAAGGACAAAUUUCGUCAUUCUUGGAAGUUGAUUCUCAAUCACAAAGCUAAUGUGGUGGCAAACUCGGGUUCCGAGUACGAUUGUCACAUGCUCGAUGAUCUUCUCUGUAAGUCUGAAAGCGAGACUGGCGUCGUUCUCCAACUUGCGAAAGACGUUUUGGCACGGUUUCCGAUGUAUACAUUCGCUCGUAUGGAGCCUGAUGAAGUCGCAAUAGACGACAGCGAGAGCAAAUUUCUGACCGAGGACGAGGGUUUUGAAGCUAUCCUGGCAAACACGCCUACAGAGUCAUUCUCCAGUGAGGGACGUGUGACUCGUAGUAAGUCUAGGAAAGUAAAGGGAACCACUGAGUCUACAAAGAAAAAGCGUAAAGCCGAGCGCCGGCUGAAGCGAACAUCCACUGAAUCGAGAGAACCUUAUCGCGACAGCUUCAUCGAGUCAAACACAAGCGAGGACAGGGCUACAAAACGACAGAAGGUGGCCAAUUUCAAGCGGUUGUAUGAAGUCCUUUCAACGUGGAGUCAAGAGGAUUCCCAACAAUUGACCUCCGAGCAAAAGAGUGUGUUGGAAAAGAUGGCAUUAGAGUUUAUGCUUUCUCUUAAAAAGUAG